GUGUCUCGCCGCGGCGGCUUCGCACGGUGGCGGCGGCAAUGGCGCGGCUCUUGCUCCCGGCGGCGGUCCUCUUCUUGGCCGUCCUUGGAUCGGCGGAGGCGGGGGCCGAGGAGGCGGCGGCGCUGCUGGAGUUCAAGCGCGCGCUGCUCGACGUGGACGGGCGGCUCUCCGGCUGGGGCGGCGCGGGCGCGGACCCGUGCGGGUGGGCCGGCAUUGCCUGCUCCGCCGCCGGCGAGGUCACCGGGGUCAAGCUCCACGGCCUCAACCUCCACGGCGGGCUCUCCGCCGCCGUCUGCGCGCUCCCGCGCCUCGCCGUCCUCAACGUCUCCAGGAACGCGCUCGCGGGCGCCGUCCCGCCCGGCCUCGCCGCCUGCGCCGCGCUCGAGGUCCUCGACCUCAGCACCAACGGGCUCCACGGCGCCGUCCCGCCGGAGCUCUGCGCGCUGCGGGCCCUCCGCCGCCUCUUCCUCAGCGAGAACCUGCUCGCCGGCGAGAUCCCCGCCGCCAUCGGCAACCUCACCGCGCUCGAGGAGCUCGAAAUCUACAGCAACAACCUCACCGGGAAGAUCCCCACAUCCAUCCGCGCGCUGCGGCGGCUCCGCGUCAUCCGCGCCGGGCUCAACGACAUCUCCGGCCCCAUCCCCGUCGAGCUCACCGAGUGCGCCAGCCUCGAGGUGCUCGGGCUCGCGCAGAACAACCUCGCCGGGGAGCUGCCCAGGGAGCUCUCCCGCCUCAAGAACCUCACCACAUUGAUCCUCUGGCAGAACGCCCUCUCCGGCGAGGUCCCGCCGGAGCUCGGGAGCUGCACCAACCUCCAGAUGCUCGCCCUCAACGAUAACGCCUUCACCGGUGGCGUGCCCAGGGAGCUCGCCGCGCUGCCGUCGCUCUUAAAGCUGUACAUUUACCGGAACCAGCUCGACGGCACCAUCCCGCCGGAGCUGGGAAACCUGCAGAGUGUACUGGAGAUUGACCUCUCGGAGAACAAGCUCACUGGCAUCAUCCCCGGCGAGCUUGGCCGGAUACCCACGCUCCGGCUGCUCUACCUCUUCGAGAACCGUCUGCAAGGUAGCAUCCCGCCGGAGCUCGGCCAGUUGAGCAGCAUAAGAAAGAUUGACUUGUCCAUCAACAACCUCACCGGCAAAAUUCCGAUGGCGUUUCAGAACCUGAGCAGCUUGGAGUACUUGGAACUCUUCGAUAACCAACUCCAUGGCACCAUCCCUCCAUUAUUGGGGGCCAACAGUAACCUCUCAGUGCUCGACUUGUCCGACAACCAGCUGACUGGUAGGAUCCCUCCUCACCUCUGCAAGUACCAGAAGCUCAUGUUCUUGAGCCUCGGAUCGAACCGCCUCAUCGGCAACAUCCCUCCAGGAUUGAAGGCUUGCAGAACUCUGACACAGCUCCGGUUGGGGGGCAACAUGCUGACAGGGAGCCUCCCGGUCGAGCUGUGGCAACUACAGAACCUGACCUCGCUUGAAAUGAACCAGAACCGGUUCUCUGGGCCAAUACCGCCUGAGAUUGGCAAGUUCAGGAGCAUAGAGAGGCUCAUUUUGUCCAACAAUUACUUUGUUGGACAGAUCCCUGCUGCCAUUGGCAACCUGACGGAGCUUGUCGCCUUCAACAUUUCAUCAAACCAGCUCAGCGGACCAAUUCCCCGAGAGCUAGCGCAGUGUAAAAAGCUUCAAAGGCUUGAUCUCAGUAGAAACUCCCUCACUGGAGUGAUUCCUCAAGAGAUUGGUGGGCUGGUGAACCUGGAGCUACUCAAGCUGUCUGACAACAGUCUGAAUGGAACCAUUCCGAGAAGUUUUGGAGGCCUUUCGCGGCUCAUAGAACUGGAGAUGGGAGGCAACCGUCUGUCUGGUCAGGUCCCAGUUGAGCUUGGUGAGCUCACUGCCCUUCAGAUCGCCCUAAAUGUCAGUCACAACAUGUUGUCAGGUGAGAUCCCCACACAGCUAGGGAACUUGCACAUGCUGCAGUACCUUUUCUUGGACAACAAUGAGCUUGAAGGUCAAGUUCCUUCCUCAUUCAGUGACCUUUCAAGCCUGUUGGAGUGCAACCUGUCUUACAACAAUCUUGUUGGGCCGCUUCCCAGCACCCCGCUGUUCGAGCACUUGGACAGCAGCAACUUCCUUGGGAACAAUGGCCUUUGUGGCAUCAAAGGGAAAGCAUGUCCAGAUUCAUCAGUGUCAUCCUAUUCAAGCAAGGAACAAGAAGCGCAAAAGAAGCGCUUUCUCAGGGAGAAGAUUAUCAGCAUUGCCUCCAUUGUCAUUGCUUUGGUUUCGUUGGUGCUAAUUGCAGUUGUUUGCUGGGCCUUAAGAGCCAAGAUACCGGAGCUUGUAUCAAGUGAUGAGCGCAAGACUGGGUUCUCCGGCCCUCACUACUGCAUGAAGGAACGGGUGACCUAUCAAGAGCUUAUGAAAGCAACCGAGGACUUUUCAGAGAGUGCUGUGAUUGGAAGGGGUGCCUGUGGCACAGUCUACAAGGCCGUCAUGUCUGAUGGCCGGAAACUUGCUGUGAAGAAGCUGAAGUCUCAAGGAGAAGGUUCCAACAUCGACAGAAGCUUCCGAGCUGAGAUAACCACACUUGGAAAUGUCAGGCACCGCAACAUUGUCAAGCUGUAUGGCUUCUGCUCUCAUCAGGACUCAAAUCUUAUCCUGUAUGAGUACAUGGCAAAUGGUAGCCUUGGGGAGUUGCUUCAUGGAAGCAAGGAUGCCUAUCUUCUGGACUGGGACACCCGAUACCGGAUCGCUCUUGGGGCUGCUGAAGGCCUGCGGUAUCUUCACAGCGAUUGCAAGCCACAGGUGAUUCACCGUGAUAUCAAAUCUAAUAACAUUCUGCUUGAUGAGAUGAUGGAGGCUCAUGUGGGGGACUUUGGCCUGGCCAAGCUUAUUGACAUUUCCAACUCCAGAACAAUGUCUGCUGUUGCUGGUUCAUAUGGGUACAUUGCACCAGAGUAUGCCUUCACCAUGAAGGUCACCGAGAAGUGUGAUGUUUACAGUUUCGGGGUAGUUUUGUUGGAACUACUAACCGGACAAUCUCCAAUUCAGCCUCUUGAGAAAGGAGGAGAUCUUGUGAAUUUGGUGAGGCGGAUGAUGAACAAAAUGACACCAAAUACGGUGUUUGACAGCAGAUUGGACCUGAGCUCAAGGAGAGUUGUGGAAGAAAUGUCUCUGGUGCUAAAAAUUGCAAUGUUCUGCACCAACGAGUCACCAUUUGAUAGGCCCAGCAUGAGAGAAGUCAUAUCCAUGCUAAUCGACGCAAGAGCGUCCUCAUAUGAUUCAUUUUCCUCGCCAGCAUCCGAGGCACCUAUAGAAGAUGACUCCUCCCCAAAAGUUUAGAGGAGUAUCAUCGAUCUAUGUUACCAGGCAUGCAUCAAGUGGCUAUCCACAAAUUAACUGAAUUCAUAGCUGAAGACCAUCUAGUCUGAACUAUUGAGCUCCAAGAAGUUGCUGGGUAUAACAGGGACUUCUAAUGGAAAAGAGAUCUGUCUUUCUGACCAAGACUAACCACCAGUUGAAGGCUAGAAGCAUUUGAUAGUGCCUCAGCUAGUGCUCUUUCAAUAGAGGCAGACACCUUGAGUGUUCCUUUUCUGAAACGCUCGACUAGGCAGAUAGGUUCAUUUCAGCAGAACAUACAGAUUCAAUUAUCACUAGCUUGACAUUGUACAUACUACAUAGACCAUAGUGUGGCUACAAUAAAUAAUUACAGAUUAUUUAUUCCUAACAGGGACUUAUUCCUAACUGUAACAUGAUAAAAGUGAAUUGAAUUACCAUGUAUGGACAAGCCU